CACAGUGAUGUCAACAUUUACUGAAGGUGUUGUCGCACUUCCGGGAUGAUCCACCUGACGAGCACGGGACAUGACGUCACCCAGGUGUCUCAACCACCGGGAGCGCAGCGAAGUCAGAGCUGAUUUAAAUAAAGUUAAAAUCAGAGAAAUAUCAACAGCUGCAGGUGUGAAUUAAUGCAGGUUUCACAAGAAGAGCACACGUGCAGGUGAUCGGACCACGUGACGUAUUUGUUUGUUUGUUUUUUCACGUUCAGACAACGUGAGGUCAUCGCCUCGAGGACUGACUGAUGAAAACACUUUGAUUUUUAUCAUUUUUUUUUCGAGCUCAACUCUUCAAACCUGCUCAUGGAGUCUGCAGAUGGUCAGCGGGGGCGGGACGGCAGCAGCGGCGGUCAGAAACGUUCCCCUCUCGAAGUCAUCAUGAACCAGAUCCUCAGGAAGCGGACGGCCUCAGACAGGAAGCCGCUGCCACGUUUCCCGAGCCGAGGCUGGGAGCGGGCGGGGAUCCCUGAGGACGGAGAGCCGGAGGGCAGAGAGGAGAGAGGAGCGAGCUCAGCGGAGAGCGAGCGAGACGUCGGCUGGGGUCGAGUGUGUGUUUUCCUGCAGAGGUUGGGGAAGAAAGCCGACAGCAGGAGCCUCAGUUUGGCUCACUGUGACCUCACUGCUACAGACCUGCUGGAGCUAGCGACGUUGCUUCAGUUCCUCCCUCGGCUGGAGGAGAUGGACGUCUCCUGGAACGAGCUGAUCGGCGGGUGUCUGCGAGCGUUGACCUCUCACCUGCAGCACGCCGGCGGGAUCAGAACGCUGCGGCUCUGCAGCUGUAGGCUGAACGCUGAUGACAUCACAGCUCUGGGUGAGGCCCUCGGCUGCGUCCCUCUCUUGGAGAUCCUGGAUUUGUCCUGGAACGGCGGUGUCGGCGGCGGCGCUUUGCAAGGCCUGCUGGGUAAACUUCCCCCACCGCUGAGAGAGCUUCACCUGGUGGCCUGUCAGCUCACUGCGGCUGAUGCUGCUGCGCUCGGAGGAAUGGUGUCUGAUCUCUCCAGACUCUGUGUGCUGGACGUCUCCUGUAACCCUCAGCUCACACAGGAAGUUGACACCAGCAGCGGCGGCAGCGGCGGUGGCUUCAGGGAGCUGGCCGCCGCCCUCUCUCACGCCUCCUCCCUCAGCACGCUGCGACUCCAGGCCUGCGGUCUGACGGCAGACUGCCUCGAUGCUCUCGGUGGUUCGCUCCGCUGCCUCCCCUCGUUACGAGAGUUGGACCUGUCCUGUAACAAGAGUCUGGCCGGAGGACUGAGUCGUCUCACCCUCCACCUGUCUCACCUCACACACCUGGAGAGCCUCGACCUUCAUCUCUGCUGUCUCACGCUCGCCGACCUGGAAGCUCUGAUCCAGGUGCUUCCCUCUCUGACGGCGCUGACGGAGCUCGACGUGUCGUCCAAUAAGGAGGCGGGAGCUGCAGUCGGCUCGCUGGUCUCCGCCCUCCCUCUGACUCAGAUGAGACGUCUGCCGCUCAACAGCUGCAGCCUGAACCACGAGUCCCUCACUGCUCUGGCUCUGGUCGUGCCGUACCUCCGCAGUCUGGAUGUCUCCUGGUGUAAAGUGGUCGGCGGUCGCUUGUCGCUGCUACUGGACUCUUUGCAGCCGUCAGUCAUCCUGGAGCUCCGCCUCAGCAGCUGUGACCUCACUACCGACGACCUCCGUCACCUAGCCGCAGCGUGCAGACGCGGUUCUCUCUCCUCUCUGCGGGUUUUGGAUCUCUCCUAUAACGGCUCGGUGGGUGAUGAAGGCUGGUCCGCCCUGCUCGCAGCGGGAGGCCUGGGCUCGCUGGAGGACGUCGACCUCAGCCUACGACCUUCGACCUCGGCUCCCUGCUCGGCCUGGCUGCCGGCGCUGCUCUCCGCUCUGCCGCGGCUGCCGGCGCUGACUCGCCUGGCGGUGCGGCGGUGGAGCGUCGGCUCUCAGGACGGACGGCAGCUGAACCACCGGCUGAGGAAGAGGAGCGUGCUGCUGGAGUGGGAUCCGGACUGUACAGAUAUGACAUCAUCGUGUAAGAUGACCAAUCAGGAGAGCCUGGAGGAGAGUCAGCCUGAGGAGUAGGGAUCCAAAAAUCCUUCAAUGAUUUUAUAAACGGUGUCACAACAAGACUUCAGCAGAGCAGGAGGCUGAUUUAUUAAUAGUCUUUUAAAUUUGAGGCACAAAGCUGCAGAUCAGGUCUGAAAAAUCUGGAUAAAUAUGAAAAAUAUUUCCAGAGUUUAACACUCUUAUUUAAAAUUGACCAAAAUCUUAUUCAGUCCAGUUAUGGUUGUAAUAAAAACAUAUCGGAUAAGUUAAAAUAGCAAUUUCAUGAGAUUUGUAGUAAAAAAUUAUAUUUGGCUGUUGAAAGUUUAUUACCAGCUGGGUGAAGUGGAAACUGUCAGACUGAAGACUCCAUGUCUGUUAUUUAAUUAAUUUAACAUGUCAGUUAAUGCUUCAUGCACAUAAUAAAGUGAAAUGAGGCAACGCCUGCAUUAUUAUCUCAUCUCGAGGCCUCAGACUCUGACUUACAAUCAGGUUUUAAAGUUUUAUCUUCUUCUUCCUUCAGCUGGAUGUUUGUUCUUCUUCUCUGUGCAGUUUGUUUCUGCUGAAGGAGGAAAGUUUCACCUUAAAUCUCAGUUGAACACGUGAACCUACCAAACCUACCUAAACAUGUCCUCAGAGGAUCUUUAAGGCUUUUAUUAUUUCAGUGUUGAUGUGCCUACAUGCUGCGUUUUACUACAUUAAUACUUUAUUAAAUUACCACAAACUAACUCAUAAAUAUUAACUAAUACAUACACAGUGAGUGAAGGUUGUCAGUAGCUGCCUGCAACUCAUUUUUGUCCCCUAGUGGGUGAAUUUGGCUGCGACAGCUGUAAACUGAUUAUGAUUUAAGUUAUUUUACAUCCUCAUUAAAUAUUACUUUGACGUGAACUAAAAUCCUCACAUUCUGUCUAAAAAACUAAGACAUGAAGCUGGUAUGAUGGAGAUUAUCAUCAAGAUUUUAACAAGAAUAUGUUUCUGAUCUUGAUGUAUAAAAUAUGAUAAAUUAUCUUCAAUGAAAUUACUGUUUAGUCUGACAGCAGACAAAGAUCCUCUCACAUGUCAGAAAAGAAAAACAGCUUGUUUUAUAAUGAUAUAAAACACUGACUGGUUCUGACAUCAGGCUGCAGAUAAAAUACAUGUUCUUCUUCUUCUUCUGCUUGAAGAAAGUUUCUCUGCAUGUGAAGCAAACUGAGUCUCUGAUGAGUUCAUGUCAUCAGGUCUUAACUGGAAUUUGCUUGGAAUUAAAUUAUCUGGAUGAUUUAUAAUCAAAUGAACAUAUGAUACAGUUCCACUGAAAGCUGAUGAGCAAUAAUAUUGAAUUAUGACCCAGUUUUAUGAAAUAUUUGAUGGACUCAGAUGUACUUGAUGGAAUACUUGAACCAUCUCAUGUAUUUUUGUACUUAUGCAACCUUAAAUCUUUCCUUUAUUAUUUAAUAUGUAAAUAAUGUAAAUAAGAUGAACCUCAAUAUACAGAAGUUCAUGUUUGAAUCACUUAUGAUUAAA